GAAUGACACUCAUUCUAUGGCACCAUCAACACCAGUGAGUGCAAGAAUAGAGAAGUACAGUAACGUACAGAGGCUUGAAGCAAGUCUAGGACAUGCUCGAGCUGCAAUAAGAGAAGCCUUAACAACUAAUGAAGAUCAUCACACUCAAGACCCUGACUACACCCCUACUGGUCCUAUUUAUUGGAAUGCCACUACCUUUCACAGGAGCUACUUGGAGAUGGAAAAGCACCUCAAAGUAUUUGUCUAUGAAGAGGGAGACCCCCCAGUCUUCCACUAUGGUCCCUGCAAGCACACAUAUGCAAUUGAGGGACUUUUCAUUCAGGGCAUGGAGAUUAGCAAGUUUAGGACCAGAGAUUCAGAGAGAGCCCAUCUUUAUUUCCUUCCAUUCAGUGUGACAAUGAUAACUCAAGUUGUUUAUGUUGUUGAUUCUCAUGAUUGGGGUCCCAUGAAAAACACAGCCAAGGACUAUGUUGAUGUCAUUGCCCACAAAUAUCCUUACUGGAAUCGAAGCCUUGGUGCUGAUCAUUUCAUGCUUGCUUGCCAUGAUUGGGGUCCGGAAAUCUCCUUUGCAGUCCCAAACCUGUACAACAACUCCAUUAGAGCCCUCUGCAACGCCAACACCUCCGAAAAAUUUAACCCUUCCCGCGACGUCUCCAUCCCCGAAAUCCACCUCCCAUCCGGCACCACCACCGGCAUGCUCGGUGGCCCCUCCCCUUCCCACCGCCCCCUCCUCGUCUUCUACGCGGGUGGCGUCCACGGCCCCAUCUGGCCCAUUCUCCUCCACCACUGGCAACACCACAAAGACCCAUCAAUCCAAAUCCACGAAUAUCUCCCCAAAAACACAUCAUAUUUUGCCAUGAUGAGGCAGAGUAAGUUCUGCAUUUGUCCCUCGGGCUACGAGGUAGCGAGUCCGAGGACAGUGGAGGUUCUUUACACAAGUUGUGUACCGGUUUUGAUUAAGGAUCACUAUGUGAUGCCUUUUAGUGAUGUUUUGAAUUGGAAGACUUUCGCGGUGGUGGUAGCAGUAGAGGAGAUUCCGGACUUGAAGAGGAUUUUGGAGGGGAUUUCGGGGAGGAGGUACUUGAGGAUGGUGAAGAGGGGGAGGGAGGUGAGGAGGCAUUUUGAGGUUAGUUCGCCACCGAAGCGGUACGAUGUUUUUCAUAUGAUUUUGCAUUCUAUUUGGCUUAGGAGGCUUAAUGUCAGAGUCCGUGAUGUCGAUGUGCCGUGAAAGGCAAGGGGUGCAGAAAUGCUAGAGAGCAAGAA